AUGGCUUCGGGAGCGUGGACACUGGAAGAACUCUCUGUAUCGGAUGUCUUUGCUCUUCAAACAGUCGAAAAUGUGGAACAAACGGAUCCAUGCCUCCCACAUGGAGCAGGAGAGGGGCCUUCUCCUCGCGACAGUGGAAGCUCAAGCACUGGGUUCCGAAUGACCGCGGAGGUCAGUCCGACUCGAGGCUGUUGGACAGGUUCAGCCCUAGGACGUGAUGAUGGAAAUUCCAACCAGCCCACUGGGGCAACAAGCUCCAAGAAGAAGCGGAGAAAUAAACGUCGCCAGAAUCCGGCCGCCUUCCCAGAGUUGUUUCCUCCAGAAUACGGUAAUAAUCGGGCGAGCACUAGCCGGAGUGGUACACCCAAAGCACCGUCACCACUCCUUCAGCCACUUAGAGGCGCUGAGAAGAGCCCUGCAUUUCGACCAGCGACCCCAAAUGGAAUCAGUGCCCUAAAAAUGCAGCUGGAUGCGCUCAACUUAACUCCAAGUGAGGCACCAUCAAGCAAUGCGAGUGUGAUGGGUUCCGAAGCUGGAACCAGCUGCGCAAGUGUAGUGUCCGACAGUGAUCAGACCGAGACCUACGAAGUUCAUCUGGAACACGAUUUCGUUAGCUCUGAGGCUAACGAUGGAGAAAAAGGGGCUUCUGACGGCUUGUCUAAGGAACAAAAACGAAACAUACUCUACCGGAAGAUGUCUGCUGAGGAUUUUGAACCCCUGACCUGCCUUGGGAAGGGUACCUAUGGGACCGUCCUCCUAGUUCGCCAUAAAAUAACUGGUGCCCUGUAUGCCCAGAAGCAAUUCCGCAAGGCGUCUCUUACUGUGCAUAAGAAGCUGGUCGAGCAGACCAAGACCGAACGGGCCAUUCUGGAAAGUGUCAAUCGCUAUCCUUUCAUUGUUAACUUGUAUUAUGCUUUUCAGGAUCAUGAGAAGCUCUACCUCAUCCUGGAGUAUGCACAAGGUGGUGAGUUAUUUACUCACCUGGCAAUGGAGCGCAUGUUUACCGAGGACGUUGCGGCCUUCUAUAUGGCAGAGUUGGUGCUUGCUCUCGAGCAUCUCCAUCACAAUAUUGGUGUUAUUUACCGCGACCUUAAGCCGGAAAAUUGCCUGUUAGACACUGAAGGCCACCUGCUCUUGACGGAUUUUGGGCUUAGCAAGGUGUCUGUGAACGGUGAGGACCGCUGCAAUUCGUCUCUAGGCACUAUCGAGUAUAUGGCGCCCGAAGUUAUCCAGGGUAAGCCGUAUGGUAAAGCGUGUGAUUGGUGGUCCCUUGGCGCAUUAGGAUUUGACUUGUUAACCGGUUCUCCUCCUUUCAAGGGGAACAAUAAUGCAAAGAUCUCAGAAAAGAUCAUCAAACAGAAACUUGUUCUUCCCUACUUUCUCGGCCCAGAUGCAAAGGACUUGCUUACUCGUCUCCUUCGGAAGGAGCCGCACAAGCGCCUGGGAUAUAAUAUGCCAAAAGACAUUAGGACAAUUAAAGGACACCGUUUCUUCCGCAAAAUUGAUUGGAAAGCUCUGGAAAGGCGUGAACUUGAUCCACCUAUCAAGCCUGUCGUGACGGACCCAGCUCUUGCGGAGAAUUUCUCUGCUGAUUUCACGACCCUGCCUCUUAGCCCAGUUGUGACAAGCAAAGGAAGUUUCCGCGAUAGAAUGAACAAAGGCGAGGAGGGUUUUGGUGCCUGUAGCCCGACUCGUCCAAGGCCGAUGGAAAUGGAUGCCGGCUUUCAGGACGAUCCGUUUGGUGGAUUUAGCUUCGUUGCGCCGAGUAGUCUCCUCGAUAUCGAGUUUAAUUAUGGGGCUGGGCGUCUUGCUUGA